AGAAUUAUGUCCCUAAAAUAAUCCCAAACUUUCCUUAGUUGUCUCCUGUAAACAAGUAUUCUGAGAAAUUGCUAGGAAGGACGACUGUUUUAUCAUUUGGCCACCUCUUCUUCAGAAUCAUUUCAAUCAGCUAUGGAGCAGCCAUCACAGCCUAUUCCUUUGGCCACCUCUUCUUCAGUAUCAUUUCAAUCAGCUAUGGAGCAGCCUGUCAUCAUAGAGAUGGUCAAUCCAUCACAGCCCGUGGCUUCUUCAACUCAGCAUAUGGCCUUGUCUUCAUCUCAACUUACGGACGAUCUAAAAAAGUACCUACCACUGUAUAACGCUAUACUCAGAUUCAACUUACAACACGUACAAGAAGUCUGUAAGGAGGAUGAACAUGUAUUAGAAGCCAGGAUCACGGAAAACUAUGACACAGCUCUUCAUGUAGCUGUAGGAGCAGUCACUGCGAAUCAUAUCGUAGAGUAUCUAUUGACUAAGAUGUCAAAUGAUCAAGUGGCACUCACAAAUAAAGACGGCAAAACUGUGCUUUCGGUUGCUGCAAUUGUUGGUAAUGUUCAAGCAGCCAAGAAGAUAAGGGAGAAAUGGCCAGUCUUAUUGGAUAUGAAAACACCUUUGAUUGAGGCUGCUCGAUAUGGGUAUAAGGAGAUGAUUACCUAUUUAUUGGAAUUCACGGAUCGAGACUUGCUGUAUUCCUAUCCGGUUGAAGAUAAAACCGGUGUUUCGUUCGUUCAUUGGCUAAUAAUCGCUGGAUUUUAUGACUUAGCUAUAAGGGAGGUUGAAGAUUAUCCAAAAUUAGCUCUAAUGGAGUUCGAUUUAGAUAAUGAUGAGGGUCGUGAGACUCUUCUAUGUACAAUAGCUAAAAAGCGGAGUGUGUUUUCCAUCGAAAGAAAGCUAAAUUGUUGCCAGAAUACCAUCUACAAAUGUCAGCGUAUUUUUGUAACGGUACACCACAUAGCAAGCUACAUGAUUAGAAACAUGUUGUUCAUCCAAAGCUGCAAUCGAAAAAUGAUGCCGUGCAUAUGGAGCAACAACCAAAAAAUGAUGUCAUGCAUCCCAAGUUGCAUCCGAAACAUCUGGUCGAGGUAUAUCCAUGACAUUAUAUCAGAUCGAGUUUACCCAAGUAUAAUCGGAGAGAAAGAAUGGAGGCAUCGACAAAAAAAAAGGCUUGCGAAAGCCUUGUGCACGAAAAUUACAGAAGAUCUAGGCUAUGAAAAAGCUUCCUCAAUAUUGAAGGAAUCACUCCUUUUAGCGGCAGUAUCAGGGGUUCACGAAGUUGUGGAAGAGAUUAUAAAAUCAUUUCCAGAUGCAGUCUUGUAUGCAGAUCAAGAACGACAUAAUGCAUUUCAUUUAGCAGUCAUUAACCGCCAUAAAUGGGUAAUCAACCUCAUAUUCGAAAUGAGUGGCCACAAACAUUUGUUGUUGAUGUCUCAAGACAAAUUUGGAAAUAAUAUCUUGCAUUUAGCUGGAAAACUUGCCCCUCUAUGUCAACUUAAUCGCAUUCCUGGUGCAGCACUAAAGAUGCAGCGUGAGUUGCAGUGGUUUAAGGAAGUAGAGAAAAUUGUACCGCCUACUAUAAAAGAAGAUAAAAAUUCUGAAGGAAAAACUCCGGCAAUGGUAUUUGUUGAGGAACAUCAGGAUCUUGUUAAAGAAGGUGAAAAAUGGAUGAAAGAUGCAGCCACCUCUUGCUCAAUAGUAACAGUACUCAUUGCUACAGUAGUAUUUGCUGCAGCAAUUACAGUACCAGGUGGGAAUAACCAAGAUGGCGAGCCAAACUUUUACGAAUUGUCGGCCUUUUUUAUCUUUGCCAUUGCCGAUGCAAUGUCUUUGUUCUCAUCAAUAGCAGCCGUCUUCAUGUUCAUGUCCAUCCUUACUGCACGCUACGCGGAAACUGAUUUCCUAUUUGCCCUGCCCAAAAGACUAAUAUUGGGUCUUUUUAUGUUGUUCCUGUCCGUAACAGCCAUGAUGGUAGCCUUCGGUGCCACUGUUUAUUUGGUGAAUUUUGAUAACAAGAGUAAUCAGGCAGGGCAAGACUGGGUAUUUUGUGUAGUAAUGGGAUUGGCUUUCUUGCCCGUGUCCAUGUUUGCCUAUUCGCAAUUUCCCCUCUUGGUGGACUUGACCUUUUCCACCUAUGGCCCCAGCAUUUUUGGCAAGCACAGCACAGGUGUCUUAUACAAGAAAGGUGAGUAAAAACUACAAAUUAACGGUGUUAUAUAUUGUCCAAGUUUUAUAUUUCAAGUGAUGUGAGAUUAUUAUUUAAAAUUUUAAGACUUGAGUCUUGAAAUAUGAAACUAUGUUCUACUGAUAUUAGUCUUUACUAGAGUAAUAAACGUAUCUGUUAUUAGAGUUAAAGAGAUCUUUAAGUGUGAGAGUGAUUUGAUAAUAAAAACUUUGCAUCUUUGUAUUUUGUGACAAAAACUCUACUAUUAUUCUUGAAUUGUGAAUUUUAAUUGGGUGAAUCAUGUAAAAUUGUUUAUAUUUAAUACGUUUCCGUUUAUUAACCGUUUCAUUUA